CAGACGUCAGUGUGUGGAUCUGAGAGCCAGUGAGUGGUUGGGCGAAAAUUUGUGUCGGAAAGAACUGUGAAAAAUAAAAACAGGACUGGCUGAAUACUUUCACUGUGCAGCGGUUUAGGAGCGUCGCUCCAACCAGUGUGGGUGUGUAAUAAUAUUUAACGCCUUGAACACCAGCAGACCAGAACCUGAUCAGCAAAUGGUGAAAUGGAGAUAACACCCUGUUCUUUUGAUAAUGGAGGGACGUGUGACGAUUGAAAGCCUUCCCUACGAAGUUCUGGAAAGAAUUUUGACUGACAUACGAGUGAAGGUGGAAGAUAUUGUGAGCUGCUGUGUGACGUGCAAGUACCUGUGUGGGGUGUGUCAGCGCAACUCUCUCUGGAAAAGAAAGUUCAGUCAGCAUUACCCAUACACCUACAGCUACAGUGAGUCGAUCUGCAAAGAAAAAGUGGACUGGAAGGCCAAAUAUGCAUCACUCUAUAGGUGCAAGAAGAAGCUGAUCCAGUGCAUUUUAGCACUGUCUAGAACGUUUGUGUGGUCAAUGUAUCAUGACUACGAGUGGCCAGACAUCCCCAGGAGAGCUCUAGAUCUGUAUGAGACACUCUUCCUUGACGACCUGGGCGAUGCCAACCUCUUCUAUAUACUGGACGAGUGUUACAAUAUCAUGAAGACCGGUCCGCAGUGCAUGGACCUGACGCUGAAGCAUUACGCCGGUAAGCUCUAUAGCCAUGUCUACGAGCGCUGUGUAAUUAAUGCAGAGUGGAAGAAGUUUAUCGAACAGCCGGAAGAGUCGUUGAAGUACAGCUACGAGGAAGGGUUGCUGUGGGUAGUGGUGAGCCUGCAGCCCAUACGUAGUGAACCCCAAAGCAAGAAAGUAAGGAUCAUGCUGGACAAACUAGCAAGUGAAACGCUUUGUUACAUAAGGCAAAAAUACCCAGAUAAUCCACUGUGUAAUAAAAUGGAAACAAAGUGUGAGUUCCUAACUGGAAACGUGAGCUACUGGAAAGGUGAACACUGCAGCGAAAUUGUGCAAGCGGUACAUUAUGUAAUUAAACACGAGUAUGGUUUUAAAAUCAACAACAGUUUAUAUGAGAGUAGACCUGACCAUUAUUGUGUUGAUCAAGUUCUUAUAAACAGAAAGGGAAGUUCAAAACUGUUGCUAGUUAUUGAGUCUUGUGUGGCAAAUCGACUUGGUGUACAUAUUGAAGUUCACAAAAAUGUGACGGGUCAUGUGUUAGAUACGUGGAAACUGUACUUUGUUGGCCAGGAUGGUGUGAGUGGAUAUUUAAAUGCUUGUGAAAUAUGUAAGAAAGAUCCUUCAUCACUGAGCAUUGUGAUGAGUGAGUGGCAGGAAGGACAGACUGUGGAUGCUCUGGGAAUGUGCCAGUCAAUAAUUCAGCAAAUUGUAUUUUUGGCAGAAUGUUGGUUGAAAGGGGAAAGAUGGCAAGCUGGUGAACCUGUUCUUUAUGAUUCUGAUGAGGAAACGUAUAAUCAACCAAUUCGGCUGUUAUUCACUGCUUGGCAACAUGUUGAACACUGGAAAAUGAGCCGUCUUUAUCAUUACAUGCAUCAGCUUUUAAAUAUAAAUAAGAGUCAUCAGACGCAAGGAAAACUUUUGCAUCUUAGUAUCCUGUUACGCAUAAACUCCAAAGAUACCCUUGAAAAAUUGUUAGAAUUCAGAAGAAGAAUGGGGCAGCCACCGAACACUAUGCGAGACCUGCUGCGAAUGCUAGCCAGUGUAGACAAGAGAGCACGCACAAGGGUCUCAGAACUAAAAAAUCUCCUAUCAACAGCAGUUACAAGUUACUCAAGUUUGAAUCCUCUGGCCAGUGUUCCUUGGCCACAUGGAUGGCCAGGAGGUGAGAUGGUACAAAAGAGACGAGUUGAUCGGAAAAGUUGGCAAGUACAGUUUGCAGUUGGAGAGGUUUUGGAACAACGAGGAGGAGAUCUUUGUGUAGUAUAUGACUGGGAUUCCAUGUGUGUAGAAAGUGAAGAUACAUUGGUACUGAUGGGAGAAACUGGACUUGCACAUGGGACAGAUCAGCCUUUUUAUAGGGUUCUUACAGAUGGUGGGUCAGCUCGUUAUCUUGCCCAGGAGAAUCUUCGUCAUGCCCGACAUCCUCAGCACCUGAAAAAUCCCCUGAUUGGUCGUUACUUUACAGCUUUCAUCUAUCCUUUUUACAUACCUAAUCCCCAAAAGGCAUAUGAAUAUCCAGAGGAUGCAAAUAUUCGUGAGCAAAAUGCAUUAACAUUAAAAUUAAAAUUUGCUGUUAAUGAAUAGUCUUGUAUAUUGAUGCUAUGCAUCACAACUUUUAAAUGUGUAAAAGCUUGAAAUUGUAAAAUGUAUAGUAAAUGUGAGACGGAAUCUAA